UCCACACACUGCUUAUUUAUAGGUGCCAGUUACCGUUAAGGCUUUCAUUCAGAGUAACCUAUUAUUAUAUAUUAUCAAGAUAAAGACACUUGUGCUUCAGUAGAGCUGCUAGUGGCUAGUAUACGUCUGCUUUCAGAUUGUGAUUCUCUUUCAUCAGGAUGGACGAGAGUAUCCUGUGGGCCACUACUGUAGUGGACCGAAGAGCUGAGCUGGAUAAGCGAGAGCAGAAACGUCGAGCACGUGCACGGAAGCUGGGAAUUUUGAUAGUGCACAGCCCUGGAGACACCACAGAGAAGAGCAGUGAAUCACUUAAUCAGAGUAUUGCAAAUGUGCAGGCUGAGGAACAGGCGAGGAAGGUCUUGUCUGAACUCAGGCGUGAGAUAGUAGAUCUUGGAGGUGCUGAGAACAUCACUCAGCUUCGUUUGAGGAAGAAGAUCAAGAACAAAGCAGUUGACCCAAGUGGCCUGGCUGACGUUCCUGCGGGGCCUGUGGAUCGUGAAGACUUCUUAAUGGCAGCUACAAAAGGAAAACUAAAAAUUGUGGAAAAGUUCUUAGAAGAUGGAGGUGAUCCAGACACGUGUGAUGAGUUCAGAAAAUCAGCACUGCACAGGGCAGCUUUUGAGGGUCAUGUUAUGGUUGUAGAGAGGUUACUGGAUAAGGGAGCAGACAUCAACUUACAAGACCGCUUGGACUGCACAGCUAUGCACUGGGCUUGCAGAGGUGGACGUCUAGGAGUUCUCAAAGUCCUGCAGAGCAGGGGAGCUAAGUUAAACAUUAGGGACAAGCUCAUGAGCACACCUUUACAUGUGGCUACCAGGACUGGUCACUGGGAAGUUGUGGAGCACCUUCUGGCCAGUGGCAUCAAAAUUAAUGCCCAAGAUAGGGAAGGGGAUACAGCCCUGCAUGAUGCUGUCAGACUGAACCGAUACAAAAUUGUCAAGUUGCUUAUUUUGGCUGGAGCAGACAUGAAGAUCAAGAAUGCUGAGGGCAUUACAGCCACAGAACAGGUGAAGAUGUGGCAGUUUGACACCAAGGAGACGCUGGAGAAGCUGGAGCAGAUGAAUGAGGGGGGACUGGCCUGAAUGCCACACUUCAUCACUUCUGAUUGAGGUUGAGGGGGCUACAGCUGAGGAGGCUGGUGUCCACACAUGGGAGGACUAAUGCUGGAACUCUGUUGCUGGAUUGAUGCUCCUUGUUAGCUGAAUUAUGUUGAAUGGCUAUGAUAAAAGCCUGCUUUAUUUAUAGAUUAUGCAUGGAGCAAUACAGAAACGUGAACAUUGCCCUGUUGGGUAAACAAAGUCAUUUUGGAUGGUUUGAUGUGAAAUGCAUUUUGGAGAAACUUACUAACUCUGAUUUAUUUACUGUGGUGAUGAUAGGAACCAGGGGUCAUAAUGUUUACAACGCAAAUAUAGACAUUUUAUUUACUAUCUAAAAUGAGCAGUGAACUUACACAUCCACUGAGUUUUUAUGCUGACAGUGGUAAAGUAGUGGUAAAUCUGGAAUCAUAACUAUUUCAUGUAAUAGCUUUCAAUCAUGUAGCUUUCAUGCAUUGAAUGCUUCAGAUGUCUGGUUCCUGUCACCACCACUGUGAACAAUUCUGAAACAGAAAGUUUCUCCAGAAUGAUGCUUUUCACAUUUUACCAUUCUAAAAUUACUUUCAGCACACUUUCUUAGCUAUAGAAACCUCUCUUGUGUUUACACUACAGCACAAAAUGUAUUUAAAUAUUAAUUUAUUUGAAAUGGUUAGUUUGUUUUUGCCUAUUAUAGGAUACAGGUGGAUACAAGUGACUCCUCAAAAUUUCAGAUUGUUACAGAGUGUAUUAGUGUUUCUGUUAUUGCACCUAACUCAGGAUUUGUUUAAUUAUUCUGUCUCAGGAAUUCUAGCCUUACACUUGACAUAUUUAGCAUUUCAUUAAAUAUUCAUUUGGUUCCAUCUACUACUUGUUAAAUAUUCAAGCAUUUAAGCAGAUCUGAGACCUUUAUUCUUUAACAUUUGUUACAUUCUUGGGUAUAACUUUGUCUUUUUUCAUGUAACGGAAACCCACAACAAUGCUAACUGAAUAUUUGACCGACUGCACUGGUAUGAUUUUAGGGCCGAAUGCAAUUUGAAUGAUUGAAAUUGCGACUGAA